AUGGACAACGCGUCCGCCCAGCUCGCCAUUGCGCUGCAGCUCCAUGAUCUCGAUGAGCUUGAGGUCUCAGGCACCGCCGACAAGCUUGUCAUCCGCCUACAACGACAGCAACUUGAGAUCGAUUCCGGGUUCGAUGCUGUUACUUUCGAGGCGAGUCGACGCCUCGCUCUGAGUAUGGCCAAGGCUGUGGAGGACGACUCAGCUCUAUUGGCCCGGUCGACGCCAUUGCCGCAGAUUGACGACACGACUUUCGACCGCUUGGCCCUGCUGAACCACGCACCUUCUACGGUAUCGAAUCAUAGUAAGCUAGCGCCAGCCAAUAGCGCUAAUCAAACAUUGCCUUCCAAGGCGACGAGCCAGAAGCGAGCAAGGUCACUAACACCAGAGGGCGACCCUUCAUCGGUAUCGGUCAACCCAAAAGAAGCCGAGCUUCGCUGUCCUUCUCACGCAGCAUUAGAUCAUGUGGGGCAUUCUCACAAGAAGGUCAAGUGCCAGCAGAUCACCAAUGGAGAUCACCCGAGGAUUCAGGUCGAGGGUAGUGGGAUAUAUUCAGUCCAAGAUCCGCAACCCUCUACAGCAGAGGCCAGUGGCGCCCAAGUGGUAAAGGAGACGGCAGCACCUACAACGGCCUUCGAGACCUCUCCAACCACUGGAGAUUGUGCAAGCUGCAGCGACCACUUAGCCGUUGACGAGCUCGUUAAGGCUUCCUGCAAGCAUUAUUACUGCAAGGACUGCUUCGGUCAUUUCAUCGAAGCUAGCCUCCAAACACAUGACGGCUUCCCGCCCAAAUGCUGCAAGAUCCCAAUUGCCUUCGUUACAGUCGCUGAUAACGUCUCCGCUGUGGUCUUUAGCCGCUACAGCUCACGACAAGCCGAGAUCAAGAACGCAACAGCACUCUACUGCGGCAUUCAGGGAUGCGGAGUAAGGAUCGAAAAGGGUAGAAUCGAAGGAGUCAGAGCCACCUGCGUGACAUGUUGGAGAGAUACUUGUACACAAUGCCGCGCCGAAUUCCCUCAAAAUGUGAAUGGUAGGAACGUCGGCCACGUCUGCAAGAAGGACAAAGCACACGAGGAAGUGCUAGCACUCGCGAAGAAAGAAGGCUGGCAGACUUGUUACCAAUGCGGUCACAUGACAUCCGUGCAGCUCGCCGCGUCGCCUGAGGUCUUCCUCCUGAUCUACGCCCUCGCGAGCAGCAGCUGGCAGAGCUCCAGCAGAGAUUGCAGGUCGACUGUGACCACAACAACUUCAACUACGAGGGAGGCAAAUCUGAACAAAAUCCAGGGCGCUGUGAGGUCUGUGAGUAUCCUGCCUGGAUAUACAUCCUUCGCUGCGAACAUUGCAGAUUCACGGCCUGCCGAGAUUGUCACGAAUUUCUUCGGCUGGAGUAGAGGCGAAAAUCUUUGGGGACUCAGGUUUGGCGCUAGGAACUACGACGAUGACACUGACGACGAGCCUGUCAGCGAAGACCAAUCCAUCGAGAAUUAA